CCGCUCUUGAAAAGCAUCGCCAUGGCCAACCCCAACAACCUGCGUGCCGUCAUCCGGCAAAUCCAGCAAGUCGGCGCCAAGCAGGUGUUCCGUGAUAUCUGCCGCGAGGGCAAGCUGAUGACGGGCGUGCUCGUCGGCCAGGACAAGUUCGGCAACAAGUAUUACGAGGAUAAGGAGCAAAUGUUCGGCAACCACCGUCGCGUGGAUAUGGCUCGCGAGGACUUCAACGCCUCCCAGGUGCCCCCGGAGUGGCAUCGUUGGCUUCACGCCAUGACUGAUGAUCUUCCCGACUCCUUUGAGCCUCGCCAGAAAUGGCAACUGGACCAUGAGGAGAACCUGACCGACUCGGCGGAUCGUUAUGUGGCCUACAGCACCGUCAAGCCCAAGAUUCAGUCAUGGAAGCCCGAGUAAACCAGCUCCAAUUUUGUCUAGUGUCCCCCCCCCCUUUUCCUUUCAAAGCUCCCCCCUCCCAUUUCUCUGCACGCUCUUUACCCAUCAUGUCGGACUUUGACUGUUCUCAUGGGUCUCUGACGUCGCAUUUGCAUCGUGCGGGCAAGCUCGAGAGAUGUCCCUGCCUGUUUUGGAUGCUCAUAAAGCACAA